GCUGGGGGGCGCAGUGUUUGGAGCAGAGGACCCACCCUUGUACCACAGACAGUCAGCGGCUGCUACAGCGUCGCUGUGCUGCGGAGGACGCUGUUCUCAGAGCGAAGAUGGCGACUGUUUGGAGGCUGCAGAGAUACCUCCGGAGCUGAUACCGGGGGGAAGGAAAGGAAAAAUACACAUUUACCGUAAAACCACGUCCAAAAAAACGACAAUAAUGUCCCACUCCCCUGACAAUGAAGAUGGAUGCUUUGUUGCCAUGGAUACAGAGGACGACAGUACAGAGCCUGCUGGGAUAACAGAGGACAUAGACGCAAAGAUGGGGUCCUGCCAACAAGAAGGGAAUAUGGACAGUGGUGCCAAAGGUGAAGGGAGAACAAUGGUGGAGUUGCCAGAGGAAGUUCUGGAAUAUAUUCUCUCCUUUCUCUCACCUUACCAGGAGCACAAAACUGCUGCGCUUGUUUGUAAGCAAUGGUAUCGCCUCAUCAAAGGUGUUGCCUAUCAGUGCUACCAUGGUUUCUUGAGAGCUGUGCAGGAGGGAAACAUCCAGUGGGAAAGUCGAACAUACCCAUAUCCAGGAACACCCAUCACUCAGCGCUUCUCACACAGUGCAUGUUACUAUGACUCAAACCAGUCUAUGUAUGUGUUUGGGGGCUGCACUCAGAGUAGCUGCAAUGCUGCCUUCAAUGAUCUAUGGAGACUUGACCUUAACAGCAAGGAGUGGAUCCGCCCUUUGGCCUCAGGCUCUUAUCCGUCUCCUAAAGCUGGAGCGACUCUCGUAAUGCACAAAGAUCUGUUGGUGUUGUUUGGGGGAUGGACUCGCCCCAGCCCAUAUCCACUGCACCAACCAGAAAGGUUUUUUGAUGAAAUCCACACCUACUCUCCUUCAAAGAACUGGUGGAAUUGUAUAGUAACCACACAUGGACCUCCUCCUAUGGCUGGGCACUCUUCCUCUGUGAUUGGAAACACCAUGGUGGUGUUUGGGGGAUCACUAGGAGCACGUCAAAUGAGUAAUGAAGUCUGGGUUCUGGAUCUGGAGCAGUGGUCCUGGUCCAAACCACCCAUAUCGGGUCCAUCACCUCACCCACGUGGAGGCCAGUCACAAAUUGUGAUUGACGAUCAGACGCUGCUGAUCCUGGGAGGCUGUGGUGGCCCUAAUGCACUCCUAAAAGAUGCCUGGCUCCUCCACAUGGAUUCACCCCCUUGGAGGUGGCAGCAGCUGCAGGUUGAAAAUGAAGACCAUGGGGCCCCAGAGCUGUGGUGUCACCCAGCUUGCAGAGUGGGACAGUGUGUGGUGGUUUUUUCCCAGGCUCCGUCUGGCCGUGCACCACUCAGCCCAAGUCUUAACUCUCGGCCCUCCCCCAUAAGUGCCACACCCGCCCCUCUGGGCCCUGAACCGCCUUCCUUGCGCUCCCAGUCUCCUGUUCGGAGUGGGGCUGCCGGUGUCGUCUUGGGAGCCGUUGAAGAGGCUCCAUGUGUUAACGGUCGGUGGGGCACACUGAGACCUCGGCCCUCAGCCAGAGGAAGUGCCAGAGAUGGAAGUCCAUCUUCAUCUCAACAGCAGUCUCCUUCUCAAGGCCCUGACAGCCCUCCUCUUCCUCCGCUUCCUCCUUUAUUAAACGGAUCAUCCCCUUCCCCCAGGACCAGCCCGGCCCAGGCUGCGUCUCCUCCCUCCCGCCCUCACCUGCCUGCCUCCACAGACUAUGGUUGGGAGUCUCCCCCUUCUGCUGCUCACCCCCCUGAGGUGCCCAGCACUAACGGCCUGCAUACUCCUCCUUCAGGCUCUCCAUGUACGCCCCCAGGAGCAGUGUCCCCUGCUGCCUUGCGGCGAGGUCUAGAGGCAGUGAAAAACAAAUCUCCCCCAUCAUUACCAUCGUCGUCUUCAUCAUCUUCCCUUCAGACACAGGGGGCUUCUCAUGGAGGAGGGAGCAGUGGAGGAGGAGCAGGUCCUCCUAGCACCCCUCCAUCAUCCUCCAGCCCUCCACAGGCAGCAGGAGCUGAUGGACAUGCUAUACCACCUAUUGCACGGCGUCUUGGCCAUCACCCGCCUCAGAGCCUGAACGUAGGGAAACCUCUGUACCAGUCUCUCAACUGCAAGCCCAUGCAGAUGUACGUGCUGGACGUGUCCCGGGCCAAAUCUGCAGGGGUGGUUUCCUGGAGAGUUUAUGGGAACGGGACCCCUGCUGCAGUUACAGGGCCACCAGAGACCAGCCUUCACACAGUGGUACAGGGCCGAGGAGAGCUUAUCAUCUUUGGGGGCCUAAUGGACAAAAAACAGAAUGUGAAGUAUUACCCAAAAACCAACGCCUUGUACUUUGUUCGUGCUAAAAGGUAAUGCAGCACCAGGCAGGAUCGAGAAGACGGACGCUCCACCCUGUGACCUCACGAGGGACUUGACACACAAGGCCUUUUUCCCAUACAGAGGAUUAUGGGAAAAGAACAUAAUCAAUGUUAGAUGUUUCACUUCAGAAAUUCACUAUUCUCCCUUCUGCCUACUGCAAGCUUUCAAAAUACAACACUUUAACUACACUUUGAUAAAAAACAUUUGGUUGAAUGAGAAUACUGAACGUGUGUGCGUGUGUCUGUGUGUGUGCGUGCGUGUGAGUUAGUGACUGCAGUGGUUAAAGAGAACAGUUUUAUUUCUUGUUCUUCCGCAAAAGGUAAUCAACCAAACAAGAUUUCUGUUUUUCUGUCUCUCCUCUGAACUUUUGAGAGAGAGAACCCCCUAAGAACAGACCCAGUAAAAGGAUCAGUUGAAGACUACCUUGCUUUUUGUAUCACUCUUUAAACCUGCAAUGUUUACAUUGAUACUAGUGUGAGUGUGUGUGUAUGUGUUUGUGUCAUGUGUGCACGGUGGUGGUUCAAAGUUGUUGACUAAUGUGUGGGGGGGGGGCAAGGUGGGUGAGAGAUGUGGCACUGUACUAUAAAACAUAGUUGAACAAUAAAGGCCUCCAUGUCUCCUCUA